AUGAGGUAUGGAAAGAAGGGCAAGCCAAGCCCUGGAUACAUUGGGCUGUUCAAAAUUCUGAAGAGGAUUGGUCCGGUGGCGUACAUAAUAGAAUUACCCCCAGCGCUGUCUAGGAUACACGACAUCUUUCACGUGUCCAUGUUGAGGAGGUACGUUCUAGACCCCUCACAUAUGAUCAGUUAUGAGUCAUUGGAGAUUGGGGAUGCUCUAGCAUACGACGAGGUACCAGCUCAAAUUCUGGAUCGAAAAAUAAAGGAACUGCAUAUCAAGGAUAUACCAUUAGUGAAGGAGUUGUGGCGAAAUCAUACAAAUGAGGAGGCUUCUUGGGAGUUAGAAAUGGAAAUACGCAAUAGUACCCCACAGCUUUUCAGCGGGAGCUAG